GCCAAUCCAACGCGUCCACACUUUUCUCCUCCCUUUAUUCUCUCUGCGGCAAUUACCCAAUUACCAGAAAAAGAGCACACCACUGUCGGCACACACAGAUCUGAACUUAAAAAACAAUACUUGUCUCUUACAUUCCUAAAUCUUAACCUGAAAUCAGAUCAAUUUCUUGCAUUUUUUUCACUUAGAAAUUAAAUGGAUUCUUCACGCAAGAGAAAACGGCUAUUCAGACCCUCAUAUUAUUCAUCAUAUUCUUCUGUAUAUUUGUUUUCAUUAAGAUCUUUUGUAUUGUGCUUCAGCUUUUUCAUAUUUCUGUUUCUUAUAUCUUAUAUGAUUCCCUUAAACUCUUCGGCUUUUCACCCGGUUUUGGUGGUUUCAAGCUUAGCUUCUUCUGGUUCAAAUCUUGCUAAAAGAAUCCAAGAGUUUGAUGACUCUUUUACAUUUCCAUGGAAAAUAGAGAACCGGGUUUUGUUCCCUGAUCAUAUUUUGUUGUUAGUGAGUAGUUUAAAGAAAGAUGGGUUGAUAAAGAAGAGUGCUAAAGAAUUGGAAUGUUUUUAUUAUGGUAAAAAUGUAUUGGAAAGUCGUGGUGGGAGUUCUGGAGAAAGGGAUAGGGAUAUUUUGGUUAAGCAAAAUGUGUUGUCUGUAGAUGAAUAUGAUGAGUUUAGGUCCAUUAUGCGGUGCCCACUUCCAUCUGUGAAUUAUUCAACUGUAGUAAAUUUGGGGAGGGGUGGUAAAAAUGGGGUCUUGGAGGAAGAUACUGGGUUAUGGAUGAGUAAUCAGACGGUUCAUUCUUGGGAAAAUUUGGUUUAUGCAGCUAGUUUGGAUGGGGAUACUGCUGUGGUGUUUGUGAAGGGAUUGAAUUUGAGGUCGGACAGAGAAUCCGAUCCGGGACAAUUCAGUUGCCAUUUCGGACUAAGGAGUUGGGAAAUUGAUGGGAGAUUUAUGCUGAGGACGAAAGCUUUGACAGCUGCUCAGGAGGUUGUGAGAUGUUCAUUGCCACGGAGCCUACAAGCUAAUCCAGAUAAGGCACGAGGAAUACGAGUGACUCUUGGAAUGGUACCCUAUGGUCGUUCUCGAAUUCACGAGCGUGUCCUUGUGCCUUCUGUGGCCAAGAUUUCUGGUUUCAAGUCCAAGGAGGAGGGGGAGAAGAAGAAGAGCGAGGGCAAAUUCGAGCUUUGUGUGUGUACAAUGGUGUGGAACCAGGCUUCUGCUCUUCGCGAGUGGAUUAUGUACCAUGCUUGGCUUGGAGUCGAGAGGUGGUUCAUUUACGAUAAUAAUAGUGAUGAUGGGAUUGAAGAGGUUAUUAGGGAACUUGAUCUAGAGGAGUACAACGUCACUAGGCACAUAUGGCCAUGGAUUAAGACUCAAGAAGCAGGCUUUUCGCAUUGUGCUUUGAGAGCAAAGUAUGAAUGCAAUUGGGUUUCCUUCAUGGAUGUAGACGAAUUCUUCUACUUUCCAUAUUCAACACAACGGCACAAAAGAUUCAGGAAAUUGGGUUACGCGGGGCAGAAUUCACUUAACACCUUGGUGGCAAAUGUUUCGUCAUCAUCAAGAAGUAUUGCUGAAAUCAGAACUUCUUGCCACAGCUUUGGACCCUCGGGGUUGAACUCACCACCCUCGCGGGGAGUUACGGUAGGUUACACUUGUCGACUUCAGAGUCCGGAGAGGCAUAAAUCAAUCAUUCGACCAGACGCGCUAGAUACCACACUCCUCAAUGUGGUGCACCAUUUCCACUUGAGGAAGGGAUUUAAAUAUCUGAAUUUACAUCAGAGUACUGCAGUAAUUAAUCACUAUAAAUAUCAAGUGUGGGAGGUUUUUCGAGCAAAGUUUUACAGACGGGUUGCUACAUAUGUCGCUGACUGGCAACAGAACCAAAACGAGGGUUCAAGAGACCGAGCACCCGGGUUAGGGACCGAGGCCAUUGAACCGCCUGAUUGGCCGAUCAAAUUUUGCGAGGUUUGGGACACUGGGUUGAGAGAUUUUGUUUUGGCCAGUUUGAUUGAUGUUUCAACAGGCCUGUUGCCAUGGGAGAGGCCUUCCUCUCUUGCUAUUUAGGUAUGGGAGCCUUGAAAUCAGGCUCUUUUGUAAAGGAGAAAUUCAGACUAUGAUCAUUCAUUAUUUUUCUUUUCUCGAUUGUUUAAUUUUAUACUCUGUAUCUGAUCCUUCUGUUUUUGUACAAAAGAUGGGAAGGACCACAGAUUUAAGACAUAGAUAUGUUAUACUCUGUACUUUCUGAUGAUAUAUGUAACACGAUUGGUUCCCUCUUUA